AUGGAGGAGGAGAUUAGAGCCUUAGAGCAGAAUGGCACCUGGGAGCUAGUAGACCUUCCUCCUUCCAAGAAACCCAUUGGAUGUAGGUGGGUAUACAAGAUUAAACACAAAGCUGAUGGCACCAUUGAAAGAUACAAGGCAAGGCUUGUGGCAAAGGGAUACAAUCAAGUUCUUGGAAUUGAUUAUCUUGACACUUUCAGCCCAGUGGCCAAAGUGACCACCAUAAGAACACUUCUAGCAGUUGCAGCAGCAAAAGGUUGGCACUUGCAUCAAAUGGAUGUCAGUAAUGCAUUCCUCCAUGGUGAUUUGGAUGAGGAAGUUUAUAUGCAACUACCUCCUGGCCUUUCAGGAAAAAGGAAUGGUGAGUUCACCAAAGGUGAAGGGGAUUCAUUUGUGGCUUUACUAGUAUAUGUGGAUGAUAUACUUGUUGCUAGUACAGAUUUGGGGAUAAUACAAGACAUCAAGAACCAGCUCAAUUCUAGUUUCAAAAUAAAGGACUUAGGUCCCUUGAAGUAUUUUCUAGGCCUGGAAGUUGCCAGGCAGAAUAAAGGGAUGGCUAUUUGUCAAAGGAAAUAUGCCCUUGAAUUGCUUAAGGAUACAGGUUUCACAGAUUGCAAACCUGUACAUAGCCCUAUAGUACCAUCACACAAGCUCAACAAACUUGGUGGUAAACCUAUUGAAGACAACACUCAGUAUAGAAAAAUAGUUGGGAAGCUUCUAUACUUGACUAUCACUAGACCUGAUAUUUGUUUUGCAACACAACAACUUUCUCAAUUCCUUGAUUGCCCCACUGAUCUCCAUAUGCAAGCUGCUCACAGGGUACUCAGAUACAUCAAGGGUGCUCCUGGCCAAGGAUUGCUCUUUCCAGCUGUAUCUGAUUUAAAGAUGAAAGCUUUUUCUGACUCAGAUUGGGGAGCUUGUGUUGAUACAAGAAGGUCUAUAAUUGGUUUAUGUGUUUUCAUAGGAAAUGCCUUAGUAUCAUGGAAAUCAAAAAAGCAGGUGACUGUCUCCAAGUCCUCAUCAGAAGCUGAGUAUAGAGCACUGGUAGCUACAACAUGUGAAGUCCAGUGGCUAUCCUAUUUACUAACUGAGUUGGGGAUUGAUCAUAAUGGUCCUACUGCUAUUUAUUGUGACAGCAAAUCAGCUAUUGCGAUUGCAGAAAAUCCAGUGUUCCAUGAGCGAACUAAACACAUCGAGCUCGAUUGCCAUUUGAUAAGGGAGAAGCUCAAUAAAGGUGUAAUCAAAUUGUUCCAUGUUGGAUCUGAAUAG